AGCUGAACACGCAGCGCCAGGUGGAGCCUGGGGAGAAGGAAUGGGAUGGAGCAUCGAAUAAUUAUUUAAGUAGGAAUAUUUGUGUAUAUACGUGUGUAAGAACAGGAAAAGCAAAAACAAGGAAUAAAUUGAUAAUAAAUAAACCAUGACUGCAUAACAGCAAAAGUAGGUGGCGAUAUGCACACAGGAUGUAACACGCCAAAAAACGGAAGAAGAAGAAGAAAAUGGCAAUGUUGAGGAUCUGUAACAUGCGUCGAAGAAAAAGCUUUUUCAUGUGUAGUGAUUAUGAAGAGGAGUGAGAAUGAAACUCCUGUGAAGCGUUUGAAGUUGUACGUGUCGUUCGUUUACACAAGGAACGAUGUCGAGUGUUCUAGCAAGGAUUUUAUUUUAUCCCACACUCGCUUACAAUGUUGUCAUGGAAAAGAUCACUUCCAGGCAUUGGUAUAAUCGCGUGGAUCCUACUGUCAUUCUUGGUGCUCUUCCAUUCAGGUCAAUGACAGAGGAGUUGGUCCAAAAUGAGAAAGUCAGAGGAGUUAUUACUAUGAAUGAAGAAUAUGAGACAAAAUAUUUCUGCAAUUCGGCUGAGGACUGGCAAGCUGUUGGCGUUGACCAGAUCAGACUCAGCACGGUGGACCUUACAGGUAUUCCCAGCCUAGAGCACAUUCACAAGGGUGUGGACUUCGCCUUGAAACAUCGAGAGCAAGGCACCAGUGUCUAUAUUCACUGCAAGGCUGGCCGCUCACGCAGUGCAACUAUUGCAGCCGCAUACCUCAUCAGGCUACACUGUUGGAGUCCAGAGGAGGCCUGUAAGAUGCUGGCCUCAGUCCGGCCUCAUGUGCUGAUCCGCUCAGCCCAGUUGGAGAUUCUGCAGGAGUACUUCAAGCAAGUGUGCGGUUCAGAGUCCAGUUAGAAGAUACACAGUGUACAAAUGCUGACAAUAAUGCUAUAUCUGAUAUAUUGUAGAGCCUUAAUAAGUUGUUUUUCCUUGUUAGAGUGCAUAUAUUUCUAUAUAUUCUUUUAAGAAUUAGUGUACUGUACAUAAAAGCAGACUUAAAG